GACUUCCUACCGCGGCACCUAGCGGUAAACGAAAUCGUAAUUUGGCCUAGUUUGCAAUAACAACUGUUACCUGCUAUGAAGACCUUUUGACAUAUUAAAGUGACUGACUUGUACAUAUUUGUCUGUAGCCAAUAUAUUUGAAAUUGUAUAGAUAUAGUAAACGUCACCACAUUUUCAAAAUGAAUAUUCGCAAUGCACGGCCGGAGGAUUUGAUGAAUAUGCAGCACUGCAACCUGCUAUGUCUUCCGGAAAACUACCAGAUGAAAUACUACUUCUACCAUGGACUGUCUUGGCCUCAGCUUUCCUAUAUAGCUGAAGAUGAAAAUGGAAAAAUAGUGGGAUAUGUACUGGCCAAAAUGGAGGAGGAUCCAGAUGAUGUGCCCCAUGGACAUAUUACAUCAUUAGCAGUUAAGCGCUCCCAUAGAAGACUUGGUCUGGCUCAGAAGUUAAUGGACCAGGCCAGUCGAGCCAUGAUUGAGAACUUUAAUGCCAAAUAUGUAUCUCUUCAUGUUAGAAAGAGCAAUCGGGCAGCUCUUCAUUUGUAUUCCAACACACUCAAAUUUCAAAUAAGCGAAGUAGAGCCAAAAUACUAUGCAGAUGGUGAAGAUGCAUAUGCAAUGAAGAGAAACCUGACACAGAUGGCAGAUGAGCUGCAGAAACCUGGUGUGCGUCUGUGGGGAUCUGAGAUACCUCAGUCGCAGACAGUUGCAGUCACGGAACUGGUGCAGAAACUUUCAAUGCAGGAUGGAGAGAAGGAGGGUGAUGGAGAUAGCGGUGGAGAGAGCAAAGAGAUGAGUGAAGUCAGCGAGGCUACCGAGAGCACAGACGUCAAAGAUUCCUCCUCUGAUUCCUAAACAACCUAAACAAAAAUCUGUCCCUCCUAAACAUGAUAAACUCAGUCUAAAUUGGUUAACUCCAGCUCAACAUUUGGUUAAUUAGGCUGUUUUAUCAAUGUACAAAGAGACAUCUUGAUAAAUGUAUUCUUGACUAUGGGAAUAUUUCUACACAGUAAAUUGUUAAUAAAAUUUGACAUUGUACAUAA